AGAUUCAUUUCUUUUACUGCACGAAGCUGUUGCCCAAGCCAAACGGAACUCACUUUGUUGAAGGAGGAUUGUAAAAGAAAAAAAAAAAAAAAAAAAAGCUCACCUUGCCUCAAUCGUGAAACAAUGUCCGACUGUCCGGCUCUGAGUGCAGCUGCAGCGGCUCUCUGGCGGAUGGGAAGUUGUGAGUCAGACCAGGAGGACGCGCAACUUUUAUAGACUUUCAAGUUCGCUGCUUGCGAGUCGAGUAACCAGCAGCGCUCAGUUUAGAGUCCUCUGACUCUUGGAUUGCGCGUCUGGAGAGCUCUGGUAUCAGCCCACCGCGUGUUUCAGGUUCGGUGCUGUUCAGGGCGUCUCUUAUCGAGGAGGAUAUGGUAAUUCCAUUAAGAACAUGUUUGUGGUGUUUGCGGUUUGCAAUGGAGAAUAAAUAAAAAAAGGACGCUAAUCGGGGAUUAACUGAGAGCACAAAAGCAGAAUGCAGGGGAGGGAUCUACAGAGCAUGUGCAGAAGGGUGCUGCUCCUGACCAUCUGUAUGGUGUCUCUCUUGGGACAACUGACCAACGCAUCCUCACACCGAAGCCACAUAGUACACGUGAAAGCUGGAACCUGUGAGGUAAUUGCUGCACACCGAUGCUGCAACAAGAACAAGAUCGAAGAGAGAUCCCAGACUGUCAAAUGCUCCUGCUUCCCUGGACAGGUGGCGGGAACAACGAGAGCAGCUCCAUCUUGUGUAGACGCAUCAAUAGUUGCACAGAAGUGGUGGUGCCAGAUGCAUCCUUGCAUGGAUGGAGAAGAGUGUAAAGUGCUACCAGAUCUGAAAGGAUGGAGCUGCAGUACAGGAAACAAAGUUAAGACAACAAAGGUUACUCGAUAAUCAUAUUUUCCUGGAUAGAUAUUUGGAACCAAGAUGUUUCUUUGACCAACACAAGUAGGACGUUUUGGAUACCAUGGGAUUUAUAGACUGGCGAAAACCAGGGACCAACACAGACAUUAGUCUGGGACAUUCCAGUGAACAAAAAGAAGAAAAGUAUUAGAAAAUUCAUAUGAGACUGCAAUGCCAAACAGAUUCUUGACUUUUUGUCUAGCAUCAACAGUAGCUUUCUUUCAACUCUGCUGCCCACCAAAUCUCUCUUUGUAUUAUACUUCUAAUCCAAUGGACUUGAAAACUCAACCAUGGUGAUAUUUAUUGACUUGAAGACUGGAUUAGACCAUGAAAAACCCCCUAAAACAUGUGAUGUGAAAUUUUGUGUCAUGUUCUUGCCAGAAGGAGCAUUGGGACUCUUGAUGCAUAUCUCUGCGGAGGCUUUUGUGAGGUGAUAAGCAUUUUUGAUUCCUUUUAGCCUUAUAAAGGAGAUAUCUCUUCUUAUAUUCUGUUGGUUUGAAAAAGCCUGGCCUUUCUUCUUUUUUAAUUUAUUAGGAUGUUAAGACCACUUUUGAAAGACACCCAUAAUAAACACAUCUGGAAAUAAAAAUAAAUGAAAGGUCAAAGUAGCUGGGUUCUGCAACAAUGAUUUAAAGGUAUCUGUUACUUUCAACGCCUGGUGACUGCUAUUCAUUACAACUGUCAAUAUUAUCUCAAUAAAACUGACUCAAUGAACAUUUUUCUUUAGAAUAACUGCAGUCUGUGUUGUAUUGGUGAAUUGGUGGAGCUCAGCAUGUUGAGCAAAUGUUCUAGCACAUAAAACGAGGGGGAGGAUCACUCAGAGCUAAUCAGGUUUGAUCUCAUGGUGGAACGGAAAUGUGAAAAUCAGCAAAUGCAAAAGUAGGCCAUGGACAAAAAAAUACAGAAAGGAAAAUGUUCCCUUCCAGUUGAAAAAAUCUGUCUUAUAUCUAGUUUACAGAUGUAUGGAGUAUUGUGAAAAUACACCCCCCCUUUACAAUUUUCUUGUUUUUUUUGUUUUUGUUGUUUUUUGUCACACUUAAAUGUGUCAGAUCAUCUAACAAAUUUUAUAAAUAUCACCCAAAGAUAACUAAAUCAAAUUAUGAUUUUAUUAUUAAUGAACAAAAGCUAUCCCAGCCUAGCUGGCUGUAUGUGAAAAAGUAAUUGUCUCAAUCACUGGCUGUAUCACCUUUGGUGCAACCACCUACUAUUAAGUGGGGUUAUAAAACUAUCGACUGAAAGUGAGUCUUGAACAGUUUAAUGAUUUCAGUUCAGAUACACUGCAGGGUUUUUGACUCGUCCAUCUGACAGACACCAUAUAUAACAACAACAAUAUCAGUGAAAAAUACACAAUACUGAAUAAUAGUAGUGCUUUCUUCACUAAUAAAAUAAAGGGCAUUUUAAGACAAGUGUUAAAGCUCAAUGACAGCAUUUCUAAUCAUUUCUUAAAGUUCUUUAGUUCAGUGAUUUAUUUGUUGCAGUCCUGAGGCCUGGGUGUGCCUGGUGAAAUUGAACUCAGCUUUCCAAAACAGGUGGUUAAUCACAGUCAACUCGGGAUUUAAUUACACUUUUCACAUGGGCCAGCUUGUUUUGGAUAGCUUCCAACUUUAAUACAUAAAAUAACCAUUUGAAAACAGUUUUUUUGUUGCUCCCCCCAAACUAAAUGUUUCAGUUAUCUGAAUACAAAAUAAAAAAGAUAAAUAUUAAUGCUACCAAUAAACUGACCAAACUAUUGCAGUUUCUAGUUCCUUUCAUUGCUCUGAAUAAUGUCCCAUAAUGCAUUAUUACAGUGUGGCAUUAAAUGAAAUAAACCCUCUGAUGGAGGUAGGCUGUGCCGUGUGAUAGGAGGGUGGCAGAUAAUGGAUGAAUGGAAAAGGAUUAUUAAGUCCUGGUGGCCUUGCCAGCCAGCUGAAUCAGUGGGAUCCAAGGGCAAAUAAAAUGUCUGUCCAUUUUUACGCAUAUAAUGUGGUUACUAUCAUUACCGAUAUCAACAUGAAACUCCAUUCCCUUCUCUGUGGAAGCCGAGCAGGGUGGAGAGAAGAAAACGGUUGGGAAUUUAUUUAUAUUUCAGCUGCAUGUUACAAUCACCGUAGGGACAGGAAGUCACACUAUAAAAGGAGCAGGCCCUUUUGUUGAUAUAAUAAUAAAAUACAGUUUUGAAUUGUAAAUAUUUUCUGUAGCUGUCUUUUCUUACUGCUGGAUAAA